UUAGACGCCAUCACGAUUCAUUGAGGUCUGUGAAUGACUUGUAAUUUGACUCUUUGAGAGAGUUUCGGGAAGGGUGGAGUAAAUUUUGGGGCUGAAUCAUGGAUUCAUUCAGGAUUUUUCGGGUUUUGUUUCUGGCAACAGUGAUUUAUGGAAAAAAUAUUGUUGUAGUGCUCGUUGAUGACUUAGAUCUGACUCUCGACGGGAUGCAACCCUUGAUGAAUGCUCAGAAUUUGAUUGGAAAACAGGGGGCGACGUAUAAAAAUUGCUUCGUUGCUUCGCCCAUUUGUUGUCCAAAUCGGGCAUCAAUCUUGACUGGAAGGUAUCAACACAAUCAUCAUACCGUGAAUAAUUCAAUCUCCGGGGGUUGCAGUAGCAAGCAGUGGCAGAGUAAUUCUGAAAAGACAACUUUUGCCACAAUUUUGAAAGAUAAGAUGGGCUACACCACUUUUUACGCUGGAAAAUAUCUGAAUGAAUAUGGGUCGAGAGCAGCUGGUGGAGCUCAGUAUGUGCCUCCAGGGUGGGACUGGUGGUAUGGACUCGUAGGAAAUUCCAAGUAUUACGACUAUUCUCUCUCAAUCAAUGGAUCUGCGAAGACAUAUGGGCACUCCCCUAAUGACUACCUCACUGAUGUCAUCAAACAAUUCGCUGUGACGUUUAUUAAUGGUAGAAAUAGUAAUUCAGGACCUUUUCUCAUGGUACUCGCUCCACCAGCUCCUCAUGAGCCUUGGACUCCAGCAGCGAGACAUAAUGAUAGAUAUAAAAAUCAGAAGGCUAAACGAACCCCCAAUUUCAAUUCUCCAUCGCAGGAUGAUAAGCAUUGGUUGGUUAGGAUGGGACAGUCUCCACUGCCUUCUAGUGUUCUCCCCAGUUUGGAUGAUAUCUACAGAAAACGUUGGGAGACUUUGCUGGCUGUUGAUGAUCUUAUUUCAUCGGUUUAUACUUCCUUGAGGAAUAGUCGUCUUCUGGAUAAUACUUAUUUAAUAUUCACCUCUGAUAAUGGCUAUCACAUUGGUCAGUUUAGCAUGCCGAUGGACAAAAGGCAGCCCUAUGAAACCGAUAUUAGGGUACCUUUAUUGAUUCGAGGUCCAGGGAUUACUCCAGGGAGUGAAGUUAAUGCUCCAGUGAGCAGUGUUGAUUUGUUCUCAACGAUUUUAGGAAUGGGAGGUGUUGAGGCGGUUUCGGAUGGAAUCUCGAUGCUCAGUAAAAAUAUAUCGGAUGAUCGAAGUGUUCUGAUUGAAUACAGGGGGGAACAUUCAGAAAGAAUGCCUAGAAGCGGAUGUCCCAGUGAUGACGAUCUUAAUUUAUCCCAUUGUUCUAAAGAUAUGGCUUGCAAGUGUCAGGACGCGAGGAACAAUACCUAUGCCUGCGUUCGCAGGUACUCCAAAGAUCAUAACAAUAUCUUCUGCAUUUUUGAGGAUGACAGUAAAUAUAUCGAAGCAUAUGAUCUCAAUGCUGAUGAAUUCCAAAUGAGUAAUAUUGGAUACACUAUGAAAAAGGGGAAGAGACACCGAUUUAGGAAGCGAUUGAGGGAAUUGAUUGAGUGUGAAGGGGCUGAUUGUGUUCGUGCACAACCCAUGAGAGCUAUCUGAUAUUGCAGACUAAUAUUUUUACGUAUUUUACUCUGAUGUGGGCUUUUUUAACGUUUUAAUAUCACUUACUGGUUAAAUAUAUGAAUAAUCAACGGUUAGUUGAUGGGAAAAAUUGGA